AUGAGGUUGGAGCACCUUUGGACUGACCACAUUGCAUCUGUUCCCAUUGAGAGAGCCACAGCCGUGGAUCACGAUGGUUCUCACGGAUAUUUUCUUGCGGGAAAUAGUGUUAUACAGUUUCCAAUAGGUUCGUGCAUCGUCUACGAGGCCUGCUCGGACUGCUUGCAGAACACCGCAGACCCACUGCAGUGUGGCUGGUGUCGCGACAGGUGCGCGCAUUCGCACGAGUGUCCUGAAGAAAAACGAGUCUCGGAUCGCUGUCCCAUAGUAGUUAACAAAGUGCGUCCGAAGAAAGGUCCGACUGCAGGAGGCACCUUGCUCAACAUUGAAGGCGACAAUUUCGCUUCCGUUAUCUAUAACGCUGAGAAGAGCGUCAACGUUACCGUUGGUGGUCAGUCGUGCGAAGUCAUCGCGUGGUCUACGGGGCGUAUUCAAUGCAAAACACCACCUGCCCACAAUGGCUCAAUAGCAGACAUUAUUAUAUACGUAAAUGACGUGGCCAGCAGUGAGCUGAGGAAAUACGAUAUCUUGGAUCGUCAUGUCAUUCCUUCCGGCUUCGAAUAUAAGGACGCAAGAUUGACAAGCAUAUUUCCGAAUCACGGGCCUUUGGCCGGUGGAACGUCUGUCAUGCUUCGUGGCACGCACCUCGACUCUGGGUCCAAAAUAAAGGUGACAAUCGGUACGAAAGAAUGCAAAGUAAAAGGGAUCAAUGAGACGUCUCUGGAGUGCCUUUCAAGUCCCGUGAAUAGCAGCUUUGAGGGCCAAAGUCUGCAAGUCAGAGUCACCAUAGAUAAUGCCGAAGUGCUUUUUACCUCAAGAAAUAACCUGGGCUCCACAUUCACCUACAAGCCGAACCCAGUGAUCGACAGCAUCGUACCAGUCGAAGCGUCUGUCAGCGAAGACCCAAGAAUUAAUGUGACGGGCACCAACUUGGACAGUGUCGCUAAGCCCAUGAUGGUCACUCAGGUGUCAUCUGCGGGAAAUUCCUACGUACCCCAAGGGAUAGAAAAGGCCUGUGUGGUUGCUGACGGUGGCCAGGAGAUGACGUGCAGCGGUCCGUUGUUGACCGAGUUCUCAGGGCUCAGCUCAGCAGAUUUGCAAGCGCACGACAAGCCCAUCAUAGCUCAUAUCACAUUCAAGAUGGAUGGACUGCUGCUGCCACGGCCAAUAAAUGGCAAGCCCGCACAUUUCACAUUUACCUAUCGUCUGGAACUGUGCGUCUUCCGCUUCCCCGAUGAAGGAAUCGCAGUUGACUUUUGGCACCCUGAGGUGGAAAUAAAGGGAAAGCUGCUCGACGUUCUUAUUAACAGCACACUGCUUUCCGUUCGUGUUGACGGUGUGGAUGAUGCGUGCAAUGUCACGAAUAUAAUUUCCGAACUAAUUGUUUGUACGCUGAACAGCACUGCUUGGGAUGAUGAUUCACCUCAUCAUCUUGACGUUGUGUACGCGGAUCGCGUCUACCCGGUGGGUAGUAUCAGGCUGGUGAAGGUGAUAAAGGAGAAGCCGCUGCCCUGGUCGUCCCUCGGUACCAUUGUCGGCAUUACUGUAGCGCUCCUACUUGCUUUCGUCGUCGGUGUUGGAGUCCUCCUCUACUGUCGGUUCCGUGUUUGUAAGGCCCAGCCUCCCGUUUACUUCGUCGACUUUGACAACCGCCUGAUCGAGAACCGUGCAUCGGCCGGUGGAGACUGCCAAAGAUACCAGGAGCCGAAGGGAGGCGUCACAAAGCAGACCACGGAACCCGGCGCCUUUCAACUCGACGAAGAAACAAAAGCCAUUCUAGAGGCUGACAAGCUACUCUUCAAGAGAGAGCUCGUCGUUCUGGGUCCGGUAGUAGGACAAGGACACUUCGGUUGCGUGUACCGAGGCACACUGGAACUGCAAGGCAAGGACGAAGUGAUCAGAGUUGCAGUGAAGACGCUACACAACAACUCUCGUGGAGGUGGCACCGACUCCCAGCAGUUCUUGAAGGAGGCGCUCAUAAUGAAAGAUUUCACCCAUGUGAAUGUGCUCCCACUUAUUGGUCUGUGCUUGGACGAAAGAGACGGACUCAUGGUCAUCACACCUUACAUGAAACACGGAGACCUGCACUCUUAUCUACGCAACGAGAAGAAUAGUCCAACGUUAAGGAACCUCAUAACCUUCGGCAUACACGUGGCGGAGGGCAUGGAGUAUCUCGCGCACCUGAAGUUUGUGCACAGAGACCUAGCCGCUAGGAACUGCAUGCUCAGCGAAGAGCUCAUCGUUAGGAUCGCCGACUUUGGACUCUCGCGCGAUGUAUACGAAAAAGAUUAUUACAGCGAACAAGACAGAAAGACCAAGCUCCCAGUGAAGUGGAUGUCCCCAGAAAGCUUGGAGGCGGGCGUCUACGACCACAAGACAGACGUGUGGUCAUACGGUGUGCUCUUGUGGGAGCUCAUAACGCGCGGAGCGGCGCCAUACGCCCAUGUCGACAACUGGGACAUGCUCAGUUUCCUGAAGAACGGACGCCGGAUGCAGCAGCCAUAUUUUUGUCCUGAUCAGCUGUAUGCGAUUAUGCUUCAGUGUUGGGAGCUGGAUCCUGAGAAGCGCCCCACAUUCGCAAGGCUUGCUGCAGAUGUCGCAAGUGUGAUAACUAACCUUGAGAAGAAGGAGGAUGACAAAGGCAUCAUUUUGAACGUCACAUACGAGAAUCGUCCGCGAGCCGACACCGCAGGUGCUUUGACGCCGGGAUGACUGUCAGCUAACAAG